ACCUCCUCCCGCUUUUCUCCCAAACCCUCUACUCAACAGUUAAAAAAAACUUGAAAAAAUUCAAAAAAUCAAAGGAAAGAUGAAGGAAGAAGAGAUCGAGAGGUUGAGAGGUGUCGUCAGAGAUUGCGUCAGCAAACAUCUAUACUCAUCGGCGAUCUUCUUCUCCGAUAAGGUCGCCGCCUUCACUUCCGAUCCGGCCGAUAUUUACAUGCAAGCUCAGGCUCUUUUUCUCGGUCGCCAUUAUCGCCGUGCUUUCCACCUGUUAAAUGCUUCUCAGAUCGUGCUUCGUGAUCUCCGGUUUCGAUAUCUUGCUGCUAAAUGUCUUGAGGAACUAAAGGAAUGGGAUCAGUGUUUGCAAAUGCUUGGAGAAGCGAAUGUGGAUGAACAUGGGAAUUUUAGUGAUAUCAAAGAUUCUAAUGUCAUGAUCGAUAAAGAUAGCGAAGAUCGUGAAAUUAACAUAUCAUCAGCAAUAUGUUUUUUGAGAGGCAGGGCAUAUGAAGCUAUGGAGAAUCGUUCUCAGGCGCGGCAAUGGUACACAGCCGCUAUUAGAGCUGAUCCUUUAUGCUAUGAGGCCCUUGAAUGUCUUAUUGAAAAUCACAUGCUAACAUAUGAAGAAGAGAAAAGUCUUCUUUCCUCUCUGCAGUUUGCUCAAGAAGACGGUUGGCUUUCUUCAUUCUAUUCAUGUUUAAUAAAAAAGUACGAUAAAGCAAGUGUCAUAGAAGAGAAAUUUAACAAACUCGAGACCGAAGAUAUCAGCAUAGAACCAUCAAACCAGUCCUUGAUUUGCACGCUAAAAAACAACACCGAUCUUUUGGCUUGCAAAGCUGAAUACUACCAUCAAUGUGGCGAAUAUCAGAAAUGCUUUGAAUUGACUUCAGUAUUGCUCGAAAAAGAUCCGUUCCAUCUUAAAAGUACCAUGGUUCAUAUAUCGGCAGCUAUGGAGCUUGGACACUCUAAUGAACUUUACCUCAUGGCUUGCAACUUAGUCAAAGAUUAUCCUCAAAAGGCGAUGUCGUGGUUUGCUGUCGGUUGCUACUACUAUUGUAUCAAGAAAUAUGACCAGGCACGUCGUUAUUUCAGCAAAGCAACUAGCUUAGAUGGAACGUUUCUUCCUGCUUGGAUAGGGUUCGGGAACGCUUAUGCAGCCAAAAAAGAAGGUGAUCAAGCAAUGUCGGGUUAUCGUACUGCUGCUCGUUUAUUUCCUGGGUGUCACUUGCCUACUCUGUAUAUCGGCAUGGAGUACAUGCGAACCCACAGCUUCAAACUUGCGAAUCAGUUUUUUAUGCAGGCAAAGGCAAUAUGCCCUUCGGAUCCACUUGUAUAUAAUGAACUUGGAACCGUUGCUUAUCACAUGAAAGAGUAUAAUAAAGCAGUAUGGUGGUUUGAGAAGACGUUAGCUCACAUACCAUCACCGUUAAGUGAGAUGUGGGAAUCAACUGUGGUUAAUCUUGCUCAUGCUUUAAGAAAGUUGAAGAGGUACGAUGAAGCAAUCACAUAUUACGAAAAGGCCCUUGCGCUAUCAACAAGAAGCUUAAGCACGUAUGCGGGCUUGGCGUACACGUAUCACCUGCAGGAUAAAUAUACGGAUGCAAUUACGUACUAUCACAAGGCAUUAUGGAUUAAUCCGGAUGAUCAGUUCUGCACAGAAAUGUUGACACUGGCUCUUAUGGAUGAAAGUCGACAAGUUAUUUAACCUGAAAUUUAUUUUUAAAAGAAAAUGAAGAGAAUGUGUAUACAAUUUCAUAUGUUGUAUCAAAGCACUCGUAAAUAUAAUUACAAAAGUUUAGAAAAUUAGUAUCGACCCAUACUAAAAAAUUUCAAGAGAGCUACAUUUAUGAU